AUGAAUCCACCCUCAACCAGGCCGUCCGACCGGCCGUCCAUUCCAAGCCUUGAACUUCUAGACCCAAACACCCACCACGUAUUCCAGCAUCCAGCGAAACGCAUCAAUGAAGGCCCCGACGUGACACCCUUCCUUACCACAAAAGCCUACCGUGAUAUUGGCACUUUCAUUCUACAACUGAACCGCUCCCUCUGCCCACGCCGUGUCCUCUCCACAACAACCGGAGAGCCAAGGGAAACAAUCCAGACCUUCCCUCUCACCUCCCUACCUCCCGAAGACGCCCUCCCGACCUCUAUCCGAUCCCUCCGUCGGCUUCUCAAGGAGGCCGAGUCACUCAUCGAUCUAGCACCUCCUGACCCUGGGCCCCGCCGCUUCGGCAACGUCAGCUUCCGGAAAUGGGCUUCCCUCCUCGAAGAGCGCAGCUCCGCCAUGCUAGACGAACUCCUCCCGCCUUCCAUCCUCUCUUUCGGCAACCCUUCCCCCGACGCCCUCCAGGCGAAGGAUGAAAUCACCCCUUACCUCCUCGGCAGCUUCGGCAGUCCGCAGCGCAUAGACUACGGAACAGGCCACGAGCUCUCCUUCCUCGCCUUCCUCGCCUGCCUCUGGAAACUGCGCUUUUUCUCCCCCGGCCCCUGCGACGCGGAGGAGGAGGAAAUCGACCGUCUGAUCGUCCUCGGCGUGCUGGAACCCUACUUGACGGUAGUCCGCCGGCUGAUCCUGACCUACACCAUGGAACCCGCCGGGUCCCACGGCGUCUGGGGUCUCGACGACCACUCUUUCCUCCCCUACAUCUUCGGGUCCGCCCAGCUGACGCGGCCGAUUGCCCAAGGGGGCGACGAACCCAUGCCGACGGAGGGAUCCGUCCGCGGGGCGCCUCGCACGGAGAGCGUGGUCAAGGCCGACACGGUGGCGAACUGGCGCGAGAGUAACAUGUACUUCUCCGCCAUUGGGUUCAUCAACGAUGUCAAGACCGGGCCGUUCUGGGAACACAGUCCCAUCCUCUUUGAUAUAAGCGGCGUCCGCGACGGCUGGGGCAAGAUUAACAAGGGCAUGGUCAAAAUGUACAACGCAGAAGUCCUCUCCAAGUUCCCCGUAGUCCAGCACUUCCCCUUCGGAUCCCUCCUCUCCUGGGACCAAGACCCGGACGCCACCCCGCCCGCCCACUCCAUCCAUGUCUCUCAUCAGCCACCCUCUGCCACCAGUGGCACCGCAGCUCCCUGGGCGGCAGGAGCAGCAACACGCAUGCCCCCGCCCAUGGGAGCAAGGGGACCGGUCCCUCCCGAUGGGCCUGGUAUCCCCUACUCCCGCGCUCCGUGGGCCGGUUCCUCCAGCAGCAGGGCGACUCGAGGACCAUCGUCGACAAUGCGGCCCCCUUCGCUCCCGCAGACACAAACGGGGGCCGGGCCGGGUACUGGGCCGGGAAGCGGCGGGAGAAGAGGAGGGGGAGGUGGCAGCGGCUCGACGGAUGCGCAGAUUACCAUCACAAAGGCUCCCUGGGCUAAAUAA